GGCGUGGUGUUUGACUUGACAGAUGGCAGGCGGGAGACGCUCUUCUCAGCUGUCUCCCUCGGUCCGUUGGUCCGUCCCGGUUCCCAUUGUCUCCCCUUUUUCCCCACUUCUUCAAAUCAAGACCGAGACGACCAACUGAAGCAGCCCUGGUGCGGCUCUCUCCGCCUUUUGCGCUUUUGGACACUUCCAAACGACACUCAGCGUUCCCUUCGGGACACGCUCAUCAGUGUUAUUAUAUUUAUUUAUUUGUUUAUUUAAAAAUAUCGGUACUGUAGAGAUGUUUUGUGUAUAUUGUGACAGAGGAGGCUGCGAGUGACGCGACCGGUGCGCUGACGGAUCUUCUAAUGAGCGGCGUUGCGGAGAUGAACCGGAGGAAGGGGACUCAUUAGCCACACAAGCCGCUGAAAGCAUCUUCCAGAGGGCUGUUGACGUCUCCCAGAGCCCUAGCAGCAAAUCUAGUCGGCGUCGUCUCCGGAUAAGUCACAAGACUCAGUGUUUGAAACUCAAAAGAGGGCGUUUGGCCGGAGGAUGCUGCCGCUCCGUGCGCGCUUCUUCCCUUGAGAGUAGGGAGUGCGUCUCGUCUGGGAGACGAGGCAGGGACCACCUUCACCUGUCUUCUUCACCUGACAUCAGGCUCCUGUGAUCAGAUGAACGCACGAGGCGCUUAAUCGGAUUAUUAGGCAAGAAAUCUGAACAGAUAAUAUCACCUUCUGUCUGAUUUCUUUCCCAGUGUCUACGCGGCUGCUCUGGAGGAUUGUGUCCGUUUCAACGCGGUUGAGGAUGCGACUAAACGUGGUGAUCCCGAUUAUUAGUCCAUUAGGUGAUGUCCGGACAAGUGGACCCUGAGUGGACGCGGUUGUGACCUUUUGUCUUUACUAGGAGUGUUUUUCACACCUCAGAUCCGAUUCGUGCAAUCUGAGAGGAGACCUAUUUACAGAAUAUGUCUGGGGAUUAAUCAAGCUGCAGAUAAUAACUGCUGGACCCGAACUGACCCCAGAUCCCACUUCCCAUCUUUGAUCCGUGACCUCCAUCUAUCCAGGGGACCACUUUAGGCUGUUACCAUCGGAAUGAAGUAGUCACCUCUGAUUGCCCUGAGCACCAGAGAGCACUUGCUGUUGGCGAGACAACCCCUCCCUGGGCUGUUUUAGGAUUGUGAAAGACACGAUUUGGGAGUUAUCUGGACUUUUUUGCCCCAGGUGGACCACAUAGCAGAGAGAGGAGGAAGGACAUCAUGGGGUGCUGCAGCGGCAGGUGCACCUUGGCCUUCGUCUGCGGCAUGCAGCUGGUCAGUGUGUUGGAGCGUCAGGUGAUAGAUUUCUUGGGCUACCAGUGGGCUCCCAUCCUGACCAACUUCCUACACAUCAUCAUCGUCAUCCUCGGGCUGUUUGGCACGAUUCAGUUCAGGCCAAAAUAUGUUACCGGAUACGCAGCCUGGCUGGUCGUGUGGAUGACCUGGAAUGUUUUCAUCAUUUGUUUUUACCUGGAGGUUGGAGAUCUGUCCAGAGACUCUGACCUUGUCCUGACAUUCAACCUGUCCAUGCAUCGCUCCUGGUGGAUGGAGAACGGCCCCGGGUGCAGGGUGACUCCCAUCACCCCUCCUCCCUCCUGGGCACCCGAGGACCACCGGUAUAUAUCUAUAUCUGGCUGUCUGAUGGACUUCCAGUUCAUAGAGGUGGCUCAUUCUUCACUGCAGAUACUCCUGGCUUUGACUUUAUAGGUGGAUUUGACUCCUAUGGUUACCAAGGCCCUCAAAAGACUUCCCACCUUCAGCUACAGCCCAUGUAUAUGCGUCAAUAUCCCAUCACUUCCUGUCACAAGCAUGUGGUUGAUGGAGAAUCAAAGUUUACCAAUGCUGCUGAGAAAACCGACACAGUCGAGCUGAUAGCCAAUCAGAUGUCCCAAAAAUGCACCUGGGUCCAGGCUUGCACAUCACCCGCACCAAUCUCAGUGUCUGAGUUUGUCCUGCGGGAAGCAGUACAGAUAAAGCUACAGCCAUGGCGCAAACAGCCAGAUGAAAUAAUGGUGAUUCCGCUGAUGUGCAGCAGACAGAUUAUCAAUAGCAGUUCGUAUUAG